CCUGUUCGUUUCUCAACCAAAGAAAGCAAGGAAGGACAAAAAAAAAGCAUCAACCAUGUCGAAUUCUGCAUCGGGAAUGGCCGUAUGCGACGAAUGCAAACUCAAGUUCCAGGAACUUAAGGCGAAGAGGAGCUUCCGCUUCAUUGUGUUCAAGAUCAACGAGAAAGUGCAGCAGGUGGUGGUGGACAGGGUGGGGCAGCCUAAUGAGAGCUAUGAUGAUUUUACAGCCUGUUUACCCGCUGAUGAGUGCCGCUAUGCAGUGUUCGAUUUUGACUUCGUCACUGAUGAGAACUGCCAGAAGAGCAAAAUCUUCUUCAUCUCUUGGGCUCCUGACAUAGCAAGGGUGAGGAGCAAGAUGCUGUACGCGAGCUCCAAGGACCGCUUCAAGAGGGAGCUCGACGGCAUCCAGGUGGAGCUACAGGCGACCGACCCAAGCGAGAUGAGCAUGGACAUCGUAAAGGCGCGGGCCCUCUGA